UAACGCCUCAAUUGUAUCAUUGAUGUUCACUCUAUGACCUGCAGUAGUUCAGUUGUGCUUGUUAGACACUUACUGGUGCGAUGAUGCAGUAUUUCCUGGUGAUCGCUUUAUGUUUAGCCGCUGCUUUCGCUCACCCUGGCUACAGGGACUUCUUUCCAAACGGUUACUCUGUGCCGAACCCCUGUGGAACCGGAGUAUGGGAAGCCGUUGGUCACUAUGACCCCCAGCAUCACACCAUCAUCAAGAACCGGUUUGGACGGGCAUUCGCCGCCGCUGGUCACGCGUGGACACGUGACCUGUGCAUGGCGGACAGUGACGAAGACGGCAAAACUAAUGGCGCGGAACUCGGAGACCCCACUUGCGUCUGGGUGAAGGGUGGAGUGCCCACCGGUGUUGCUUCUGGACAUCCGGGAAUCUGCGAACCUGUCGGUAGUUGCUUAGAUGGAUUUGAAUGCGGUUGCCACGGAAACCAGUGCGUGGGGAAAUAAAUGUUGUAAUUUGUUGUAAUCUACUGUAGUUUAACUUCAUUAAUUGUCAAUAAAUUAUCAAAACACCGA